GCUUUUAAAUAUACAACCAAACAAUCAUAUUUUGUCUUAAAAUGGUAUACAUAUAAAUUUAUUAUAGCACGACACUCGUUUACGUUUAUUAAAAAGCCUACAAAUGAAAGCAAUUCACAGAACUAUUUUUUAGCGGUACUUACUCAAGUGAGUUGUUGGGAACUUUCUUUUGGAAAAGUCGCCAAGGACGUGGUAGGUUCGGGUUCAGCUCCCAGGGUUUCUAACACCAGAAGCUUCAUCAAAGUGAAAGAAAUGAGGAUCAGACAAGCAGAGCAUGUUUUUGAUGCACCGUGGGAUCUGGUUGUGAGAGCUCAGUUUCGUAAAUACCCCAAUGAGUUCAACAAUGCAGUGGAAGGUGUGGAUGUGGUGGAGAGGAGAGUGGACAAGACAGGCACACUGUACAGUCACAGACUGCUUUCUACGCGGUGGGGACUGCCUGGUUGGGCAACUAAGAUUUUAGGUGCGUGUGGGCAUGCUCAUGCCAGUGAGCAUUCAUUUGUAUUUCCUUCUAUAAGGCUUAUGGUCCUUGAGACAAAAAAUCUAACUUUCUGCAAUAUCAUAACUGUUGAUGAAAAAAUGACAUACAGACCACAUCCAGAGGACAAAAACAAGACCGUCUUGCAUCAAGAAUCUGUGGUGAAUGUUCAAGGCGUGCCACUGUCCAGUUACAUCGAGCACUAUGUCAUCGACAACAUAGCCACGAAUGCAGAAAAGGGUAAAAAGGCAAUGGUUAGCGUAAUGGAGAAGAUACAAAAGGAAUCACUCGAGUUGCAGCAUGGAGCUCAGAAGACCAUGGAAGAGGCCUUCCAAAAGCUGCACUUCAACGAGCGCUCGCCAUUUUGAUGAUUUGCUACAUUUUAGGAUCUUCAAAUUAUAUCUCAACUCUUCCAACAACGCUUGUUUCCUCCCAUGAAACGAACAAUCUCAGAAUCAAAAGCUAGCGAUUGAUUGUGUGCUAGCACGGGUUUGGAGCAAUCAUGAUUAUAUUUUAAUUUAUCUUGUGUCAUUUACUUUAAAUCUGCACUAAAACAGGAUGACUGUCCUUAAUGUCAUCUUUUUGUUUUAUUGUCCUAAUACAGUGGCCUAAGAUCAUGUUGAAAAUAUUGGUAAUUUUUGUAAUUUUUUUUUAUAGUAUAUUCAUCUGUGAAAUUCAAGGGUUGAAACAGGCUGUUUAUUUGAAUACUCGUCCAUUCAACAUUACUUCAAAAGUAAUCAUGCUUUUCAGAAGGGCUUUUUCUAUGUGUUUUCCAUGUUUAUUUUGGUAUUAUACAUUUUGGUGUUGCAUACUGUAACACAAACAAGGCUUUGGAUUUUAUUUCAUUCACCAGAAGUUUUCCUAGAACAGCAAAACUAGAAGUGUAAUAAACCAUAUUGACAAGGAUUUUAUAUGUAUACAUUUUAUUUAACACGUAGGAAAAGCUUCACAGCUAAAACCAGAUCUGAGGAAAAUGUUGCCGAUGUUAAAUUGAUACUAAUGAUAUAUAUGAAUUGUUUCAUGGUUGAGACGAAAAUAACACAUUAAAUGGCAAAACAACAUGAUAGUAUUUGAGAGAUUCCUACAUUUGGUAUAGUGCAAUGGUGCAUGCACUUGUUAAAAAAGGAAUACUUUAUGAAUGCAAAACAGUGAAAUCUGUUUAGUAUGCACAUGUGUAAUAUAGUAAUAAUAUAUAGUAAUCUUAUUUGUGUGCCUUGUGUUAUUUUCCUUCUGGAACAUUUGCUUUAAGAAACCAGUUGUGUGGGGUUUUAUUGUUAUAAUAACACUUAGCUUAAAGUCUCUUAGAUUUAUUUCCUUUGAAAUCUAACAAUAAUGAAGAAUAACAUUUUUUUUGACUAAGUAUGUUUACAUGUUGACACUGUUUUUUGCCUCUUGUUCUUAUACCAUGUUUGGUCAUUAUUUGUCAUGUUGAAAUGCCAUGUAAAGCAAUAACUGUGAUAUAGCUCUGGUCUCAUGUUCAUAAAAAUGCAUACAAAACAAGAUCCAUCAAAUAAUUAGUUCAGAGAGUUAAGGAUGUCUAAAUAUGCAAAUAUGGUUUUAAGCGACACUCAACAAAAGAAAAUCAUAUGUAUUCCUAAUAAAUUAUAACUACAGCUUUCAUGGUACUAUGGAUCUUUAUGAACAUGGGCAGUGGCCCAUUGUUUCAAGUUGCACAAAACCAUUGAUUACCAGAACACUUGCCCAAGUUGGGCGUACAAACUGUGCCUUUGACAUGAAAUCGGGAAAGAAGUGUCUCGUUUGCAUCAUCAUUCAUUGUUUAUAAGGAUCUGGUUUUCAUCGCAGUAGACUUUUGUUCUUUAAUUUAACAUGACUUAUUUAGAAAAGUGCUUAAUAUGAAAUAUGUUGUUUGUAUUUUUGAAGUUUUUGUUUUUAGUGAAAAAAGUCUGCUUUCUCUUAUGUUUUUCCGUGUUUAUAUUGUUUUUUAAAUUUUCUUCUGGAUACUUAAAUAUAAUAAAGUUAAUACUUUUGUCAUAUUAUGAUAGUGUGUUAACUUCAAUAAUUGUCUUUAUGUACAGGACCAACAUAUUACAUGCACCAUUUUCAUAAAAACAAAAUCAAAAUAAUGGUCGAUUUUUUACCGCUUUCUUUAAUUCCUAAGUAACUCAGUGUUUUGCUUGAAAUUAUACGUGAAUGAAAUAGCAAAUAAGUAUGUUUCCUGUAAAUAAUGAUACUAAUAAUCCUUUGUGGUCUCUUGAAGAGGUGUCAUUGAAUGACCACUAUUCUGUAAUGAAUUUAAUAGUUGUAACUAAUUGGUAAAAUGAUUAUUGUCCCCUACCGGUGAAACCGGAGAGGACUUAUGGUUUGCACUGUCAGUCAGUCAGUCCUUCACACUUUUCUAGAUCCUGCGAUAACUUUAAAAGUUCUUAAUAUUUUUUCAUGAAACUUGAAACAUGGAUAGAUGGCAAUAUGGAGAUUAUGCACGUCAUUUCAUUUUGUGCCUACAUAAAAAAUUUUGGUUGCUAUGGCAACAAAUAUAUAUAAACAAAUUUUUUUACUCACAAUGGUGGAGUUUCACCGGUAGGGGACCAUAUUGCUUGGCAAUCUCUUGUUGUUUAUAAAUUGUCAAUAAGUGUUUUAUUAAUUGCUUGUCUAUGAAAGAGUGAAAUAUGUUAAAUAUCAAGAUUGAUUUUUUUUUUAAAUUUUUGUAUAUCCUAUGGUAUCCUAAACUACUGCUGUGAGUUUAAUUAAAGCCACUAAGUAUUUGAUAUAAUAUUUACUGCAUUGUACAGAAUCAUUUAAUGAAUGAUGUGUUUUAAACUUCAAAAUGUAUAGUUUCAAAACCAUUUACUUUUGUAAACAUUUGUGUGCUCACUGUAUCUGAAGAUACAAAAAGUGUGAACAAAAGAUUGUUAUAAAAAAAAGUUAUUUUCUUA